AUGGAGGGUGAAGAAGAUGACAACUACAAGCAUUUAAGAGACCAAAUGAGUCGAAUAUACACCAGCGCGCCUACCGACUUCACAAUCAUUGACCGGGGUAGAAGAAACUCUGUCAUAGUAGGAAGAGAUGGGUUUGAUGAACUAUACAUGUUCAGUCCUGGCUCAAGUCAUGAAGACUAUGGCAAGUAUUCAUAUAUAUGCGUCGGCCAAUCGGCGGUUCUCAAGCCAGUAAUUGUGGGUCCUAAUGAAUCAUGGAGGGGUGGACAGCGCUUAUACAACCCAAAUCUUUAA